AUGGGCAAAGCGCCGAGCACCAAGUCUGCGGCCCGGCUGCAAAAGGCGGGUACCACCAAGACCAGCCAAGCGGCACGAAAAGUAAAGCAGGCGACCAUGAAAGCACGAUCGCACGCGUCGUCGAGCAAGGCACGGGAUAACAAGCAGCGCGAACAGCUCGACGAUAUGCUGUCGCAACUUCAGCAGGGUGGCGAGGAGCGCCCGAAUCCGGCUCUGGAUGGCUUGGAGCAACUGCACACCUAA